ACACCAAUAGCGUCAUCUCAGUAGUGGCGUUUAUUGUGUGGUAGGAGAAGCACGCACUGCCGAGUUUACAAGGGAGCUAUUCUGUCCUUGGAAAAGGUCAAGUAAUCAGCUUAAAGACCGAAGUUAAGGAGAAACAGAUUCGGCAUCUGUGAAGUGUCUACAUGGCAGUCAGAAGGGGACACAUUAGGUACUUAAAAGUUUGCGAGGUUCAGAGCUGCCAGGGUAAUGAAAACAGGGAAGCACAACAGCACGGCAAUAAGGGUGCCGGUUCACUAAAGGAAGUUUAUGACAUGUCUAAUGGUUAUGAAGACCACAUGGCGGAUGAGCCAAAAGAUGUCAAAACAAACCUGAUAGUCAACUACCUGCCCCAGAACAUGACCCAGGAUGAGCUGCGCAGCCUCUUCAGCAGCAUUGGAGAGGUGGAAUCUGCCAAGCUCAUCCGCGACAAAGUGGCAGGUAAUCACAGAAACCUGAGCCACAGUUUAGGGUACGGAUUUGUUAACUAUGUUAACCCUAGUGAUGCAGAAAGGGCAAUCAGUACACUCAAUGGGCUGAGACUACAGUCUAAAACUAUCAAGGUGUCGUAUGCCAGGCCGAGUUCUGACAGCAUUAAGGAUGCAAAUCUCUACAUUAGUGGAUUGCCCAAGAGCAUGACGCAGAAAGAUGUGGAGGAUAUGUUCGCACGCUAUGGCCGAAUUAUAAAUUCCCGAGUUCUAGUUGAUCAGGCUUCAGGUUUGUCCCGAGGUGUUGCGUUUAUCCGUUUUGACAAAAGAGUUGAGGCAGAGGAUGCCAUAAAGGACUUGAAUGGUCAGAAGCCACCAGGUGCUACAGAGCCCAUCACAGUAAAGUUUGCUGCCAACCCCAACCAGGCAAAAAGCUCUCAGCUCCUUUCCCAGAUCUACCACUCGCAGUCUCGUCGCUUUGGCGGCCCUGUUCACCACCAGGCACAGAGGUUCAGGUUUUCACCAAUGAGUGUAGAUCACAUGAGUGGCAUCUCCGGUGUCAACAUGCCUGGCAACUCCACUUCAGGCUGGUGCAUUUUCAUCUACAACCUGGGCCAGGAUGCAGAUGAGGGCAUUCUGUGGCAGAUGUUUGGCCCCUUUGGUGCUGUCACCAAUGUGAAAGUCAUUCGUGACUUCAACACCAAUAAAUGUAAAGGGUUUGGUUUUGUGACCAUGACAAACUACGAGGAGGCUGCAAUGGCCAUUGCCAGUCUCAAUGGUUAUCGGCUCGGAGACAAGAUUUUACAAGUGUCAUUCAAAACCAGCAAGUCUCACAAGUAAAUAGAAGUAAGAGUUUAAAAAAAGUUUUGCUCAAGUUUUCUACAGAGGAAAAAAUGUCAGUUAUGUCUUUAUUUUAUUAGUGUGACAUCACUUCUGUGCUGGAUUUCAGUUUCUUCAUGUAGUCUCUGGCAAAGUGAAAUGUUUUAAUGCUCUGGGAUGGAACUAACAUGCUCAAAUAUUUCUUGAGGUAUUGAUUAACCAGUUUCUUUUUUGCGGGGGUGUGGGUGGGGUGUGGGAUGGUUAUUUUGUGUAUGAUGCUGUGGUAACAUAUCUGGUUUUUUUUUUUUUUUUUUUUUUAAAAAGUGCCAUAAGUGUCUAAACGUAAGGAAGCAUGCAGUGUCGACUGAUUCCCUCAUGUGGUUUUUUUCUUUUGGUUGGUCUGUUUUAUACUGGGCAGAGAUUAAAUGUACAGAGAAAAGCCUUAAA